GUGAGCAGAUUACGACAGCGAGCGAGCCCGUCGCUUGUGGGUGCCACGUUUGACGUCGUAUGUGCGUGCAAGUCCGACGGAUGAAACGUUUUUUUUCCGUCCGUUAGGUUUUCUCUCAUGUGCGUGACAUGUCCUCGAAAACUUACAGCCUUUGGAGUAGCCUGUCUUGCCGCUCCAGCUUCGAAACCUGCAUCUCUGAGUAGCGGGACGUAGCCACCUUUGACGGAGUGUAACGUAUGCAGGAAUCCAUUUCCACAACGACAGUGGCCGCCGAAAAGCUUCUGCUUCCUUGUGUACCCUGUUCUGGGAGCCAUCGAGAUACCUUAGCAACGUGUAUCAUGGCAACUGUGGCGAGCACAAUGGAAUAGCUCGGGCUGUUUUGAGACGCAUUUAAGUGCAUUGGCAGCGGUUUCCACUUGCCCGAAUAUUUCGACCAACUGUGUGCGCUAAUUGCAAUUUAAUUCAAGUAGAAACAAACGAACAAGGACAAAAGCAGGUAAACAAUGACUUUCGCAAAGCUAUGACGAAGUGAUGCGAACACAGAAGACCGGUCGUGCCUCACAGCUCUUGCAGGGUAUCACUUCAGUAAAGCUGUUGCGCUUGUCGCGUCCCUCACCCAUUCAACGCAACGAUGUGGCGCCUCUGAAGCAAGGCACGUGUGUGAAGUGUGGGCCUGUAACCUUCUUUUGAGAACGUGCGUGUGCGUGUAUUAGCCGCGUGCGGAUUGCAUACAGCGUUGGCAUGGCUCCCGUUGCGCGAUGCCUUCUUCUUACCACGAAUGUUACUCUAUGGACCGUCGGGGCGGUGCUGCUUUCGGGCGGUUUGCUGGCGCUGGUACGGCCCGAUUUGGAGGUGUCGCGCACACUGCUGGACGAUGACAGCGGCCGGCCACCGACAGAGGUCGCUUGCUUCUACGUCAUUUCCGGCGGCAUGCUGCUGCUGAUUGCCACACUGGGUUGUGGUGGCUCGUGCGGAGAGCGGUACGGAUGGCUCGUAGUGUACGUGGGCGUGCUGUCGCUGGUCACCGUAGCACUGGUCGUCUAUCUUGCACUCCAGCUGGACGCCUGCAUCAAGGAGAGGGUAUGCACCAAGAACUUCGACGUGAAUAAUCGCCGACACUGGAGCAUCCUGGUGCAGUCGCUUGCAGUGUUCGCCUUGUUGGUGACUCUGAUCCUGGCUUUGACGGUCUGCUGCAAGGCUAGGUCCCGUCGGGGCUACCUGGCGGUGCCACUUUGAUACCUCUCUGAUGCUCGCCGAGGCACGUGACCGAAAAGUUGCGCCCGCAAAUUGACGUCUGCGACAAAUGGUUGCUUGCGAGAGCUGCACCACUCAGUGCCCACUGUGCCAGGUGUCAUUUGCUAUGGACUUUAGGAGCCUCCGCUUAAAGAACACGUCGAACUCCUUUGACUCUUGUUGGGUACUAAAUAAAGGGGCGGGAGACCGGAGUCGCACCUUGCGGAAGAGAUCGACUACCUGCGUCAUGGUUCACCCACGCGUUUCUGGAGAAAGCUGGACAAUGUAGAGCGAAGAUGCGCCGACGAAAAUGGGGAAAUUUUUAUGUGGGUGCAUACAGCGCUGAUUGCCCUGUUCGCGGAAAUUCUCUACGAAACCGCGCUUGUAGAAGUAGACAAUUCAUAUUUUACAUCACGAGAAUAGCUGCUGAACAAGUCUUUAUUUACUGCUCUAAAAAGAGCACCACUCACUAUGCUGGCACAUUUUUGCUGCUCGCGGCACCUUGAGGGUCAGAUAUCAAUAACGUAGACACAAACGAAGACGCGUUUUGCAUAAUUUACUGCGCACAGCAGUUAACUAAUAUACCAUUGCUUACUUUCAUUUCAAUCGAAAUCAGGAGGAGCAACACGUCCACAACAGGAUGACGGCAACGAGAUAGCCGGCGGCGCUACGACAAGAAUGAAGAACGUCUCAAAGAAUAGGACGACGACGUCGGUCAAAAAAAGGACGACGAUGACAACAAAGACGAAAGCGGCAUGGCGAGGAUGAUAAACACGAAAAUGGUGCCGACGGAGCCGUGAUGACUAUGGCACGAAAACGAUGACGCCGGCUUAAAAAGUGCGUUGACAGCAAUGAAUAUGGCGGUGACGCCACAAUCAGGAGAAAAGCGCCAUGAUGACAAUGGCAGGACGACAACAACGAGAAAAGGAUGACAACAAAUAUGGUUCUUACGAUGGCGUGAAGACCAUGGCCUCACAAUCAUGACAGCGUGAAAAGGGCUAUAAUGAUAACGAAGGUGGCGCUGGUAGCGGCAUGACGACAAUGACGGCGAAAGCGACAUUAUGACAGUGACAGGACUAUAGCAUCAUGGCGAUGUAAUGGACAGUGAAAAUGGCUACCACGCUGGCAUGAGCUGACGGCUUGACAAAGACUACGGUAGCAUGACAAUGGCGAUCACUGCAUGACGACGAUGACAGUGGCAUGACAGAAAUAAAAUGGCUAUGAUGCCCCCAGCUGUAUGGAAAGAACUAAACUACGACAAUGACGCCAUAACGAAGACACUUCUUGACUGUUGUGUAAAACUUAAUAAUUGAGCGUUACGCUACUGCCUUACAUGCGAGUCUUGCACAGAAACAUAGUAUAAACAGUUUCACAACCCCACCGUUGUGAGGAAACUCACUUUUUUGAAACCUUAGAGCAGCAAAGCCUUGUCGACUUAUUUGAUCUCUAUUCUUGACAGGGACGAUGCCACCAGUGGGACUGGCAGCGUUGAAGCAUCGCUGGCUGCAGGUGUUCUUGCAACGGGCUGCUGUCGUGAUCAGUGAGAGCAACCUCUCCCCCACUCACCCUCCAAAGAGAGCGAGAGAGAGAGAGAAAGAGAGAUGGAGAGAACCCUUUAUUAGAAGACAGAUUUCAGCUGGCGUAUAGAGAUAGCUGACAUGCUACUCUGCGUGUGGAAGGCAAUUGGGGAGAGAAAGAGAGAAGGAGAGAGGCGCAAAAGAAAAGCGGAAUAAGCUUUUUAAAGAAAUUGGGCAGUGAGUUUUCUGACUCAUGGGCAACUGCGUGCAAUGUUAGAGCCUUUCAGUGUAUGCACCGUCCUACAAUGAGGUGACAGAAAUCACCGCGUGAAAGGUGCAUGAGAGUGAUCGAGUAGAACUAAAGUUUGUCAAGUUGACCAAUGUUUUCUAAGUAUGUAAAUAAAAAGUUCAUUGUA